CGAUCCCAGAACGCCGGGAUUACGCCCUGAGCCGAAGGCAGACGCCUAACGACUGUGCUACCCCGGCGCCCCAAAACUCUCUAGAUUUUAUCUCCACCGUGGCUCUUAUAGUCUCUUUCUUUGCAUUCCUAUUGCGGUCACCACUUCUCUCCUGGGCUACCAUGAUUUCUAAUGUUUAUUUCUAACUUCCGUCAUCCUACACAGCUGUCAGAUUAAUUUUCCUAAGACCUUCCCAACACUUUCAGUGGAUUCCCCAUCACCUAAACAGUCAAGUCCAAACUUUUAGAAGUGAUAGUCAAGACCUUCAUGUUUUGGGCCCCAAAUUCCUGUCCAGCCUUACCUCCUUCUAUUAAUCUUCAUGUAACCCUUCCCCUAAUCCAGUUUAUCGAUCCCUAAUUCCUAAACAAGUCUUUUGCUUCCGCUCGUUCCCAGGACCCCGGGAUUAUGAUCUGAGCCAAAGGCAGGUGCUUGACGACUGAGCCACCAGGCGCCCUCCUCCAUAUCUUCUUCUGAGCUCUAUUCUGUUCAUUCCACAACACCAGCAACUGCUCCCCAUGGGACUCUUCUGGUGUCUUUCCCCUCCUCUUCUCCUUCCACUGGGCCUCAGGCCCCUAGUGAAAGAUCGGGCUCACCCUUGGGCAUCUCUGUCAUUUGCUCUUUGUUCUUUCUGUAACAACAAACUAGCCUUUUAUAUUAGCCUAAUCCAUAAACACAUGCAUUUUUCAUUUCUGCAAAUGCUUGAUUUUGAACACGUGCACGUCAAAGAAAAUGUUGCCAUUUGAGAAUGUUUUCUCCUUCAAACCGAAUACUUGAGAUGUGUCUCAACAGGAAACACUCCAUAGUUGCCCCAACUGAACACUUUGGGUCAGAGAAGAACCAAAGUGACUUUGAGCCCAGAUCCUGGCGGACUUGACAGGCUGUCUUUUAUGAAGCUUUUCAAUAAAGCUGUAGUGGCUCUUUAAAAAAUGACAAAACAAAAAAACCCUCCACAGUAUAGAGAGGAAGUGCUGCUGCCUUUUCAGCUGCUAAUUUUAGCUAGUCCUGCAACAGACCUGGCCAGGAGCUACAAAUAGUUCCAACCAACUAGCGAGACAGAGAAAGUGUGGCACCGCGGGCGGCGGGUAGAUUUCCCCUCUCCAGCAAUCUCAGAGAGAACAGCCCGACAGGUACCCAGGAAUGAGAGCCUGAAGAACGGAUUUGCUGAAUUUUCCCAUAAAAUAACAUAAAAGGUGAAUUAUCGUGCAUCGUAUUGACUUUAAAUAAGUGGCCUUAGAGAGCCCUGGGCGCUAAGUGUUACCAGUUAUAGUAAUUAUAAUACUGUUGAAACUAACUUUUUUUUUUUAAGUGAGUAGGAAUUGCUAUGGAAGUUGAAGUUGUGAGAGAAGAGCGAACUCAUCAAGCCAUUCCCUGCUCCUCAGCCCGAAGGAGAUCUAAGCUCAGCCUUGGCCAGAGAGAAGUAACCGUCCAGAAAGGACCGCUGUUUCGGGCGGCAGGCUACCCCGUCAGCAUUGGCUGCAAUGUCACUGGCCACCAGGGACCCGCUGAGCAGCAUUUCCAGUGGUCUGUGUACCUGCCCAAAGCCCCGACCCAAGAAGUCCAGAUCGUGAGCACCAGGGAUGCCACCUUCUCUUACGCAGUGUAUGCACAGCGCGUGCGAAGCGGGGGGAUCUAUGUGGAGAGGGUCCGGGGCAACUCGGUCUUCCUGCACAUCUCAGAGCUGCAGCCGAAGGAUUCCGGCGAGUAUGAGUGUCACACGCCGAACACGGACGAAAGAUACUACGGCAAUUACAGCGCGAAGACUAGGCUAAUUGUUGUUCCAGAUACCCUCUCUGCCACCAUGAGUUCCCAGACUCUCGGUAAGGAGGAAGGUGAAUCAUUAGAACUUACCUGUGAAGCCUCCAAAGCCACGGCUCAGCACACCCACCUCUCUGUCACCUGGUACCUGAUGCAGGAUGGAGAAAGAAACCAAACUACCAAGAUUAUUUCCCUCUCCAAAGAUUUCACGUUGAUCCCUGGGCCCUCAUAUACAGAGAGGUUUGCAGCUGGUGACGUCCAGCUCGGCAAGCUCGGGGUCAGCACCUUCAGGCUGUCCAUAGGGAGCCUCCAGCCCUCAGAUCAAGGCCAGCUGUUCUGUGAGGCAACUGAAUGGAUUCAGGAUCCAGAUGAAACCUGGACUUUAAUCACGAGAAAGCAGACAGCUCAAACAGCUCUGAGGAUCCGACCAACAGCGAGAGAUUUUCAAGUCAACAUUUCAGCUGAGAGCACAUUUACUGCAGGGAAAUCCUUAGAACUGGCCUGCCUGGUCGGAGGUGGUGGCCGGGACCCACAGCUUCAGGGUGUUUGGUUCUUCAAUGGUAAUGAGAUGGCCCGCAUCGACGCUGGGGGUGUUCUGGACCUGAAAGGAGACUACAAAGAGAGAGCAAGUCAGGGACAGCUCCAGGUUUCAAAGUUCAGCCCCAAGGCUUUCGCUCUCAGGAUCUUCUCUGCGGGCCCCGAGGAUGAAGGCAUCUACAGAUGUGCCGUGGCAGAGAUGGCGAGAGCUCCGAUGGGCUCCUGGCAGGUGCUUCAGCGCAAGCAGUCGCCCGACCGUCACGUGCAUCUGAGAACGCCAGCAGCAAGAAAUGUGGUCUUAUCUACCAAGAACAAGCAGCAAGCAGUGUGGGAAGGAGAGGCAUUAACCCUUCUCUGCAAGACCGAUGGGGCUGAGAGUCUCCUGUCUGUGGAAUUUUGGCGCCUCCCACGAGGCCAGACGCAGCCGGAGUUUGUGGCUGGCGUGCAGCAGGACGGCACCGUGCGCCUGGGCGCCUCCUCCGAGGAACUCCAUAACCAGAGCCCCACGAGGCUGCAGAAAAUGGACUGGGCCACCUUCCAGCUGGAGAUCAGCUCCACCAGCAGCACAGAUGGUGGCGUGUACGAGUGCAGAGUGUCUGAGGGUGCCUGGAACCAGGCCAGAGGUCGGAGCUGGACUCAGAAGUUGGCAGUCACUGUCCAGUCUCUGCAGUCGAGCUUACGGGUUAAGCUGAUGAGCCGUCAACCCCAAGUGGAAUUAGCCAAGACCUUUGGCCUGUCCUGCGUGGCGGAGGCUGACUACACCAGCCUCGGGGUGCUGCUCGCCGUGACGUGGCAGUUCCAGCCGGCAAGAUCUCGUGUCUUUCAUCCACUUGUUCGAAUCACCCAUAAUGGCACUAUUGAGUGGGGGGAUUUCCUAUCUCAGUUCCAAAAGAAGACAAAGGUUUUCCAGUCUUCAUUUCGUUCUCAACUCCUAAUCCACGAUGCCAGCGAGGAAGAAGCAGGAGUUUAUCAGUGCAAAGUAGAAGUUUACGUCAGCAACUCCCUAUGCACACGCGGCCCCGCGAGGGCUUCUGCUGUCUCUCACGCACUGAUGAUAGCCAUCACUUUACCAGAGAGCAAGCUGCAAGUGAACUCGAGCAGUCAAGUCCGAGAGAUCCUCAUCAACUCCAACACCGACAUAGAAUGUAGGGUCUUGUCCCGGUCCACUGGAGACCUUCAGUUAGCCGUCAUUUGGUACUUCUCUCCCAGUUCCACUAACGCAACCUGGCUGAGGAUCCUGCAAAUGGACCAAACCAAUGUUGUAAAAUAUGGGGAUGAAUUUCCCACCCCAUGGAGAAAACAAAAAUUCUACACUGAGAAAGUUUCCCAAGACUUGUUUCAGCUACACAUUUUGAACAUGGAAGACAGCGAUCAGGGCAAAUACCACUGCACUGUGGAGGAAUGGCUCUUGUCUACAAAUGGCACUUGGCACAAGCUUGGAGAAAAGAAGUCAGGCCUGACAGAAUUGAAACUCAGGCCCACAGGAAGUCAAGUACGUGUCUCCAAAGGGUACAGGACAGAAAAUGCUACUGAGCACGGAGACGUGGCCAUCCACUGCAGCGUGGAGAGUUUUGGCAGCCCAGCUUCCCUGUUCUCUGUGAUGUGGUAUCGGAACAGGGAAAAUUCUGGAAGGAAGACACUGGUACACCUGCACCAUGAUGGCUUGCUGGAGUAUGGAGAAGAGGGGCUCAGGAGGCAUCUGCACUGUUACCGUUCAUCCCAUACAGACUUUGUCCUGAAGCUUCAUCGGGUAGAGACGGAGGAUGCUGGGCUCUACUGGUGCAGAGUGACAGAGUGGCAGCUGCAUGGCAGCCCAAGCAACUGGGUCAACCAAGCCUCAGAUGAGUCACAGCCUAUGGUGCUCUCGGUGCUGCCUUCAGAGCCCACAUUUCCUUCCAGGGUCUGCUCAUCAACAUCUUUACUCUAUUUCCUAGUGGCCUGCCCCUGCAUUCCAUUGGUUCUUCUGUUCAUUUCCCUCUUCUGCUUGUACCGCAAGGGCAGGAAGCUGUCAGCACUGAGUCUAAAAGCACAGAAAGAAAAGGCUCUCUGGAUGAACUUGAAAAGGGCUGGAGACUGGACAGCAAACCAGAAGGAAGAGGAAGAGGAAGACCAUUAAAUCUGGAGAGCCACCCGCAGCCCUGGGGCAGCCCCGGGAAAGUGCAGACUUUGGAAUGGGACUGAGCAGCAAGUGAAUGUGAAUGAAUCCUGACUGGUCCUUCUUGGCAUCUGUGGCCUUGGGCCAGUUACCUAGGAAUCAGAGGGAAUGUUUAUUGAGCAUGUAUGGGGGGCCCCACACCUAAGUGUUUCUUUGUGUAUUACCCUCAUCUACCCCUUGCAUCCUCCCAGGAGCUAGAUGAUUUACCCUGUUUUCCAUUGGCUGUACCUCACAGAGGUUCAGGGUCCCUGUCUGUAAGGAGAGACCCUCCCUCACACAGCCUCUUGGGUAUUCGGUGAGAUCCCAUGGCAAAGCCCGGGUGAGAAUGCCCUCUGCUCUCUCCUCCCUUAUGUCGCUGACUCCUGGGAAAUCACGCGGAGUGGUCCAGUCACACUGGCUCUAGGUUUAUCUUUUGCCCCAGAUAAGAGGUGUAGGAAGGGGCCUGAUGUCAGCAAGGCAAAAGGUAUUGGGGAUAUGCCCUUCAUUCACAUCCGAUCUGCCUCCCAGUGUGAGCGUAACUUCCUUCAAAGCAGAAACCCCAUCCUUCCCUCAUCCCGUCUAUGAAUGCUACUCAGGAGUAAGUUCUGCAUAGAGGGUGUCCGAUCAGUAUUGGUCCUUUGAUGAAAUUGUAAAGCAUUUCAUAGUCUGUCUUCCUUCCUUCUUUUCUUCCUUCCUUCCUUCUUUUCUUUCCCCUUCCUUCCUUCCUUUCUUUCUCCUUCCUUCCUUCCUUUCUUUUCUCUAUUAGCAUUAGGUCAUUGCUAAGGGAAAAAUCAUCUUUUACAGCAGUGCUCUAAUCAGCCCCCAAGGCCUCAUACCUCCCCUUCCUCCCCACGCCAAAAGAUCCAUCUGGGUCCUGGCCCUGAGCCAAUGCCUUAUUUUCUUUGACCUGAUGGCCUUAGGUUGUAGCACAGGGCAUUGUGGUAGUGCCACUUUCCCCUCCUCCCCCAGCAGGGGUGAGGCACUCAGGGGAAGCAGUGGGUCAAGUCUGGUUCCUCAGGGUCCCCUGUUCUCAGCCAGGAAUGGUCAGGGGUCGGGGGUGGUUGGAGAGUGUCAUGGCUUACGGCUUUCAACAGCUGUCCCCCAGGAUAUAACACUGUUCCCCCUGGGCCUGAGGUCUCCUCAUCUUUGAUCAAAAGUUGCUCAGGCCCUGUUGUAGCCAGAAUUGGAAAUCGAUCGGUGCCACCCAACAGACUUGAGGAAACGCAUCUGUUUAUUGUCUAUGUGACCAACAGGGUUGUUUUAUCACUCACUAAUUUGCAUUUCCAAGGAGAGCAAUUUAUUUUUAAUUAUUUUAUCAGGCACACAUGUCUUCUCCAAACAUAAUUAGCUCCUUUGCGAGGGGAGCAUCGGGGGCUCUGAGAGCUCCCAGUGUAGACCUACAGGUCCCUUCCGCUCAUCUCCCUUUCUAGGCUCAUUUAAAAUAGUCCAAGUGUUUUCCUUAAAUGUGUCAACACAUUUGUCUCUUCCCUUUCAGGUAGGGUGGCAUAUUUUCCAGAAAACAAAGCUAAAGUUAAGACUUCUUUGAAAAGUAUGAUGCCCCCUGCCUUUUUUUUCCCGCCUCAGAAACCUGUAUUGUAAUUGGGAUUUUGAAGGGAAAGGGAGCAGAAUGGAACCCUGUCAGAUAAUCAGAGCGGAUUCUAGUGCUGCCCCCUGCCUGGGGUCCUCUUUCCCCUGACUCCUUCCCUCUCUCCUCACCUGGGUCCUGCCUUUCAGCUCAGAGCUCACCAGCCACUUCUUUGCGUUUGAAUCCGAUGCAGACAAGGCAUGGAGCGGACACUGGGAUGUCCAACUGCGCUGACCGGAGCCAAGCAUCCCAGCCCCGGGAGAGGUGUGAGGGGUCCCGUGGGGACUCAGCCAGACACAGCUCCGGUCCCCCGGGGCCGUCACCUUGUUUCUUCUGGCUGCUGUGCUUUCAGACAGCUCGCUAGAUGUUCUAAGAAGCCACUAUUGCGCUAUUUGGCCCAUUGUGAAUUUUUAGGCAACUAAACCCCGAAGUCGUCUUUUCUCUUUUCUGAACCGAAUAAAAUUUGUGUUCACCUAA